GGGGGGUGCCACCCAGUCUGCCCCAGAUCACGUUUGCCACUAGCAGCCAACCAGUCGGGCCUCACUCCGCGGGCCACAAGCGAUUGGGGGCGAGUGAGCUUGGCCCCACAGUCUCCCGUCCGGGUCUCCCCCGCCCGGACCCGAGGCACUAUAUCCUGCCGUACCCGGCCAUCCCACCCUCCCCGUGGAAGCGAAGCAGCGGCCUCGCUGUAACGCAGAGGCGAAAUGUAGCCAGCCGGGGGUCGCGGCUGGACGCUCGCUUUGGCUGGGGGUGUGGGGGGUCACGCGGGGGGCCAAGGAGGACUGCUGAGGAAAAGGAGUGAUGAGAAGAGGGGGAACCCUGCACCCCCCGAGACCACGGGCCCCUGCUGCCACUCGCCAGGCGCCCCCCUUCCUUCCAAACGAGGGGCAGGUGUUCCACACAGGUUCUUGUGACUUGAAGGACCAGGGAUUUGGGGAGGUACAAGGUCUUCCCAGGAAGGAAAGAAAUCUCGGGAAGAAAGGAGGAAGACGACAGACGGUGCCCUGGGACCAGCAGAGAUGGAGGAGCUGUGAGGAGUUUGAGGAGCUUAAGGAGCUGGGCCAGAGGCGUGGGAAGGAGCCACAGCCCCAGGCCCAGGUUGCCUUCUAAAAGACUUGAACUUAAGCUACUUUUCAUGAAAGAAGGGCCACCUCAGAGGGCACUCAAGACGUAGCUGGGCCCUUCCCCUCUGGAUGCCCUCUGCUCUGAGGAGUCUGCCGCUGAGAACCAAAGAAGAUAAAGGGGCCAGAUAAAUUUCCUCCCCCCACCCGACCAGCACUGGCCGGCGAGAGUCAGGCAUCCAGGCAUCGGCACCCCUAGUGGCUGGCUGUGGGGUCUGGUGAGGAGUUGCUGGUUCCCUCCAGCUUGUGGCUUCAGUGCUUGAUGGGGCUGCCUGUUAGUAGAUCAGUUUUUGCAGCUCCUAGUAGGAGCAGAGAGCCGUGGGAAGAGAUCCUGCGGCAUCCAAGCCUGAGUUCACCCCAAGACUAAGUUCUUUCCUGAAUUAGAGAGGGAGAGAGAAGGCAAAAAGAGAGAUAGAGAGAGGAAAAUUUCCCCCUUACCCUCCUCCCUUCCCGUCAUGUCCUCUAAGUCAGAGCCGAAGGACGUCCACCAGCUGAAUGGGACUGGCCCUGCUGCCUCACCCUGCUCUUCAGAUAGCCCUGGACGAGAGCCCUUGGCUGGGACCUCCGAGUUCCUGGGGCCCGAUGAGGCUGGGGUAGAUGUGGUGGUGAUUGAGUCUCGGGCCAACGCCAAGGGGAUUCGGGAGGAGGACGCCCUGCUGGAGAACGGGAGCCAGAGCAAUGAAAGUGACGACAUCAGCACAGACCAUGGCCCCGCACCACCCUCACCGCUCAAGGAGACCUCCUUUUCCAUCGGGCUGCAAGUGCUGUUUCCCUUCCUCCUGGCAGGCUUCGGGACUGUGGCUGCAGGCAUGGUGCUGGACAUUGUGCAGCACUGGGAAGUCUUCCAGAAGGUGACGGAGGUCUUCAUCCUGGUGCCUGCACUGCUGGGCCUUAAGGGGAACCUGGAAAUGACCCUGGCAUCCAGGCUUUCCACCGCAGCCAACAUUGGGCACAUGGACACACCCAAGGAGCUCUGGCGGAUGAUCACUGGGAAUAUGGCUCUCAUCCAGGUGCAGGCCACAGUGGUGGGCUUCCUGGCAUCCAUUGCAGCCGUCGUCUUUGGCUGGAUCCCUGACGGCCACUUCAGCAUCCCACAUGCCUUCCUGCUCUGUGCCAGCAGUGUGGCCACAGCCUUCAUUGCCUCCCUGGUACUGGGUAUGAUCAUGAUUGGGGUCAUCAUUGGCUCUCGCAAGAUUGGAAUCAACCCAGACAAUGUGGCCACACCCAUCGCCGCAAGCCUGGGUGACCUCAUCACCUUGGCACUGCUGUCAGGCAUCAGCUGGGGACUCUACCUGGAGCUGGAUGACUGGCAGUACAUCUACCCCCUGGUGUGUGCCUUUUUCGUGGCACUGCUGCCUGUCUGGGUGGUGCUGGCCCGACGGAGCCCAGCCACAAGGGAGGUGUUGUACUCAGGCUGGGAGCCUGUCAUCAUUGCCAUGGCCAUCAGCAGUGUGGGAGGCCUCAUCUUGGACAAGACUGUCUCAGACCCCAACUUUGCAGGGAUGGCUGUCUUCACACCUGUGAUUAAUGGUGUUGGGGGCAAUCUGGUAGCAGUGCAGGCCAGCCGCAUCUCCACUUUCCUCCACAUGAAUGGGAUGCCAGGAGAGAACUCUGAGCAAGCCCCUCGCCGCUGCCCCAGCCCUUGUACCACCUUCUUCAGUCCUGAUGUGAAUUCUCGCUCGGCCCGGGUCCUCUUCCUCCUCGUGGUUCCAGGACACCUGGUGUUCCUCUACACCAUCAGCUGUAUGCAGGGCGGACACACCACACUCACACUCAUCUUCAUCGUCUUCUAUAUGACAGCUGCACUGCUCCAGGUGCUGAUUCUCCUGUACAUCGCGGACUGGAUGGUGCACUGGAUGUGGGGCCGGGGCCUGGACCCAGACAACUUCUCCAUCCCGUACUUGACAGCACUGGGGGACCUGCUUGGCACUGGGCUCCUAGCACUCAGCUUCCAUGUCCUCUGGCUCAUUGGGGACCGAGACACGGAUGUCGGGGACUAGCCUGGUCACUCAAAUUUCUCCCACCCCUCUGCACUUUCUCUUUGAAUUUAGUCUUGUUCCCCUUCCCCCACCCCAUUCCACACCCCCAUCUCUUCCUAGGACUUCACUUUGAUACCGAAUUCUCAUUAUUUUCAAUGGGAAUUUUUAUACAUUGAGCCAAGUUUGUAGAGCAAGAAUUCAGGCAGGACAGAUGGACUGAGACAAGCAGUACGAUUUUCGAGACAAUCACCAAGUGCAAUUUCAUGGUGGGUGCCUCCAGGUGAGGUGGGUUGGGGCAGGAGUUUCCAUCUGGGAUCUGGGGACAUGCUUUAGCAAACUUAGUCUUGGCCCUAAUGAGAAACCCUUUGUAAGUGGGCUCUGGUGUUUUUCUUUUCUUUUUUUCUUUUUGGUUGAACAGAGGGAUAAAUAUCACCACACACACACAUUUUUCUAGAAAUGGACUAGGCAGGAGACAGCUGCUCUUGGCCCCAUAUAAUCCUAGCCCUGUUUUCUGCCCUCUGGACCUAGGCCCUUGUGCUCUCAAAAAGAGGGAGGUAGACUGACUUAUCUGAAUUAUGCAUAUGUCCCUUAUCCAAUUGUCUGGUAAGCCACACCAACCCCUCCCAUUCAUCUUUUUCCAGUGGAUUGUCACAUCCCAGAAGAAAUGAGCAGUGGCCUGGUUUCCUUGUUGACCCAUGUCCACUCAUAGGUUUGCCAAGAUCUGCAUCCUCCCUGGGCCCAGAAGAUUAAUUCUUUAUCUCUGUUCAACCUUCAUGUCUAAUCGUCCCUAAGCACUACCUUCUCCAGAGCUUGCCAGGUUGGGUUCCGAGAUUAGGGAUGGGAACGGGUAUGUAGAAAAUGGUUGGGAGGUUGAGGACUACCAGGGGUGUUUCACUAUUGCUGUUUCCCCUGAGGACAUAAUCAUGUGGUCACAGACUGUCACUUCCUAAAAUCACUCAUUCUGUCACACUGCGAAGGUCAGUGGUCCUCUUUCUUGGUUUCUGCCUACGUUCAUCAUUCAUUCAUUCAUUCAUUCAGCGAAUAUACAGCCUCCCCAAAAGGAGCACUCUGCAGGCAUGGUCUGAAACAAACACUCCUUGAGCAAUAUUUAUCGAGUGCCUACUAGGUGUUAGGUACUGUGCCAGGCACUGAAUAGCUGGUGGAAAGGGAAACACAGCUCUAACCUCAUCUCAUCCCCCAGAUAAAGUCCACGUGCUCCUUUCAAUCUGGCAGACAAAGUCUCUUAGUUGUUAAGUAUUUGCAUUUAUAUCACCAAGCCAGGUUCUACCUGUGGAUCUCCCUCCUGGACCCCACCUCUGUACAAUGCUGACCACAGCUAUAGCCCCCAACCCCAUUGCUCAGCCAGUGUUCAUUUCCUUAAAUGACCUUCACCUUCCCUACCCUCCACCUCCUCCUCACCAGCCACCCAAAAGAGGAUUCAGAACUAGAAGGCUGGACAUCACCCAGCUGCGUCUACUUUCCUCUGCCUAGCACAAAAUUGGGAGAACACUGGAGUCUCUGUCUCUUACCCACAUGUUACUCUGAAUAGAUCAGAAAUCUGUCCACACUCACACAUGUACAAAUAUGGGCAUUUGGAAGCAGGAUUUUUUUCUAGCCUCUCUAGUCACAGCCUCCCCAGAAACCCUUUUGUCUGUCACCUAAAGGGCCCACCUCCCAGGGGAAAGCCAGGGAAUGACUUUGUCUCUUACCAACACUGUGCCUCAUCCCAGGAACUCACCCUCUUCCUCCAUACUGUCUUUUUUCUCUCUCCGUUUCCACCCAGGCUGCCUUCUGGAGGCUAGAACCUUAGAAUCGGAGGGAAUUAUUGAAGUUAUCUAGUUGGAAUUGUGUCCAACAGAAUUUAUUAAUACCAGCCUGGGCUUGUUCCUGCUCGUCCCUCAGGCCCUCUUUCAUCUUGUCCUCCACCUCCAAACACACUUGCACACAGACUCCUCUGGUACAGACACCAAAACCAACUCCUCUGCCCCUGAGGCUGUACCCUGUGAUCUCCAGUCACCCCUGCCCCAGCCACUCACCCCUUCCUCAUCUCUCACGUUCGGCCAGGCUGCCCUGGAAGACUGUAGCAUCUCCUUUGCCAGAAAAGCGGGAAGGGUGGCAUGCCCCUAUCCCUGAGUAUGAGCAGAGGGAGGCUUGUGGGUGAGAUAUAACAAAAAUGAAGUUGACUUUCAUGGAGGAUUCAUUUCUUUUCCCCUGAUUGCACAAACUGCAUGUACUUUUGGCCUGGCUGCAAGGAGCGACCUUGGUUUACUCUUGUAUCCUUAAAAAGUUACAAAACUGUGUCUUAAGAGAAUUAUUUAUAGUUACUAUAACUGAAUUGACAAAUGUCAACAUAACUGAUAAAUUAUAUUUGGUAAAAUAAAGAAGACGUUUAUUUAGGU